UCACGUGAUUCCUUAGAUACCAGCAAGCGUAACAAGGACAGGUGCUCUGGAAAUCCUUGGAAAACUCCUUGAAUAGGACCUGUCCGAGGAUUUUAAAGAUAACAAUGGCUGUUGUCGGGUGUGGAGUAUCUUCAAAACCGUUUGUAGACAAUAAGAUUAGUCAAAGGAAAGUGAUGUUAUUCUCUAGAAGUUACGAUCCCGAAUGUAAACGUAUUAAAUCUUACCUGGACGAAUAUAAGAUGUCCCCACAGAUUUAUGAAGUAGCGGAGAUCGAAUGCAGACAAGAUGUUACACAAAUCGAGAAUUAUUUCCAGAUAAUCUGUUUAACUGAUAGCAGGGCGGUGCCACAGUUAUUUGUGGAUGGCAAAUAUGCCGGUGGUGAAAAAGAAAUAACAAGAAAUCAUGAAUCAGGAAAGUUAAAGGAAAUGCUGAAGAAGGUUGGAGCCAUACCAAAUAGUGCAUGACUUGUUUUUGCCACAUUCCAACAGCUUUUCAGAGCCAAAGAAGAGGAAUGGAGAUCACUUGUCCAUUCUAGUCUCAUCUCUAAUAAUCCUGUCUCUUUUGCCAUUUAAAGAAUUAUAUUUAUACAAACUGCACAGGAAAAACAACAUAUUGUUAUUGACAUCGAAGUUUUAUACUGUCUCUCUUAAAAGAGCAUUUGGAACGUUAGUAAAGGUGUGUAAUACAACUGCAGACCAUUCCAUUUUUUACAUCACUGAUGCUUAAGUUAAACUAUUUUUUUCUAAGGAUUUCAUCUCAUCUCAUUUCACGAAUCCACAUACAAGUCAACUUUGGCUGUCUUAAUUGAACAUUUUCAGUAAUGUAUUUUGGAAUGGUGCCAGAGAAAUAAGCACUGAUAUAAAUCAUGUCAAGACAAUGUGGAUGAAUGGACGGACUUUACAAAAUUAACUCUUAAUUUUAAUGCAAUUUAUGCAUGAGAAGCAUUCAUCAAACUUUUAUCAUGAUCAUCCUUUACAAAACAUAAGUAGCAUUUCUUUUGUUUGCAAUUUUUUAAUAAAGUCAUAAUAUAUAUA